AUGGGACUGCCUGGGCUGCUGCUGGUGCUGCUGGUGCUACUAAUGCUCGAUCAGCAGUCGAGUGUAUGCCAAGGGUUACAGCUGCGCGUCUUAAGACCGACGUUUGACGAGGCAGUUGAAGAGUGUGCCCUGUUACUGUCAAUUUGUCCGGCGAAACUGGUUACACUGCGCGUCGGGAGCUUACCAAGUGACGCCGAAACGAAGCAGCUGAUACGGUGCGUUGGCGUGCGGUGUCGGUUCUGGAGUGAUUACACGGGACUACGGGCGGAUCUGCUGGCGCGAUACUUCGUCGCCGACCGGAAUGACACACUGGCCAUCAACCGAACGAACGUCUGUCUGGAGAGUGUAGCCAAACGGCCACCGGAUCCGUUCGAUCGGGAGGACUGCAGCGACCUAGCGUACCGGUCGUUCCUGUGUUACUAUCAUAAUUACGGGAACUUGCGCCGUACACGACAGUUCAUCCCACUGGACCGUAUGCAGCUGCUGCACGUCACGGCCCAGUGUAUGGACAUGUUGCAGAUCUCCGUUGACGAUCUUGCCGACCUUACGGUGGACGAGAUGGAUGACAGCGGCAGAUUACACUGUCUCGUUCGUUGCAUUGGCCUCCGCACAGAGCUGUACAGUGAUAAAAUGGGAGUCAAUGUGGAACUCAUGUAUGCACAGUACGGUGAGGGAUACACGGAGAAAAGCUACAAAGCGAAUGCCUACAGUUGCGCCAAACAAUACAAAACCAAAGCGAGUGACUCGAAUCUGUGUCGAAGAGCGUAUCAUCUGUUGUACAAAUGCUUCGAGCAUGUGCGUAAUCCCAUUAACCAAUACGAGAUGGAUGAAGUGAUGUAA